AUGGAGAUGAGCAAUGAAAGUUUCAAGAUAUAUGAAGAACCUUUGCAUUUGGGAGUUGAAGAGGUUGGGUCGGUGUAUUGGCGCAAGUUAUAUACGUUCUUCUCUCGACUCUUCACUCUGCACACAUCCCGCUCUCCAAACACCACCGGAGAGCCUUAUCGCGAUCUCUGUAGCACCCGUAUCCUUCGCCGGACACUCACCACCGUGCCUAUAAUCCAAAGAAAUGAUCAAGAUUGCUGUUUGUUGAUCGUUUGGGUGGGGAUUUUCUACAUAUUCACUGUUCAUAAAUCACGAGGGUAUCAAUUGCGAAUGUCAGAAAUCCAAGAUUCUGGUCCAAGAAAUGUUCCAUUGAAGAAGGAUGCUAAAGCAGCUAUUGCUAUCUCUAUAUCAGAAAUUACCCCUGAGAUUCUUCAGUUGUCAAAGCAGAUUAAGGAGAAGCUGAAAGGAGUUGAUCAAAAUGAUGUCUAAUGCUUCUCCUAGUCAGCAUCUUGGUGUUUACUCAACAAAGAGGAUGUGGAUGAGGUUCUUUCUGUGCACCACAGGUUCCCUUACUUCCAAGAAGUUUUGUGAUUUUUUGAGGGUC